CCGACAUCCUCCGAACGUCUCACCACAGCCGUAAUGAAUUCUCCAGGUUGCUAUGGGGAGAUUUUUGACUUGAUGUGACAGCUUUGAACAAAAGCGCUUUCGAGUGAAAGAGAACUAUCUUGUUGUCUUCGAAACAGGGGUCUGAGAUAUCUGUUGUCGAACUGCUGCUUGGUGCAGAAGCCCAGUGUUCCUCCGUGUAUGGUGACUCGCUGUUCAGUUAGGCUUACUUCUAAGAGACAGGAAGUAACAGCAGAGGUGCAAUCAAGAAUCCCACUGUCCAGGAAGAGGGGAGACAGCCGGGUGGAUGGCCACACCCUUUGUGCCAGUGCCUGUGCCCAUGGAGAGGGCUCUGUCAGGGGCUGCCAGUCCCAGACGGCCCCAGCGUGCCUCAAGUCUGGGCAGCAUGUCCAGCAGCUCUGAGUCCUCCUCGACUAAAGGCACCUUGAAGGAGAAGAGUUCAGAAAGGUAUGCGAAUGGCAGCGGGACGUCUGGCUCCGACAGCAGCUGCUUUACUCCUCCCUGCCAGAGCCCCAUGACUCGGGCCAGGGUGAACGGGCUGGGCCUUACAGUGGAGUACUCCAGCUGCCUGCAGCCAGACACGCCACCCCAAACGCACGACUGGGAGGAGAGGCCCAUAACCCCAACUGUACUAGGCUACGAGGUCAUGGAAGAGAGAGCAAAGUUUACGGUGUAUAAGAUUCUGGUGAGGAAGACUCAUGAGGAGAGCUGGGUGGUGUUUCGCCGCUACACAGACUUUUCCAGACUCAACGACAAGUUGAAGGAGAUGUUUCCUGGGUUCCGGCUCUCUCUUCCACCCAAGCGCUGGUUUAAGGAUAACUACAACACAGAUUUCCUGGAGGACAGACAGCUCGGACUGCAGGCCUUUCUACAGAACCUGGUGGCUCAUAAAGACAUUGCCAACUGUGUUGCAGUGCGAGAGUUCCUUUGUCUGGACGAUCCACCAGGACCUUUCGAUAGUCUGGAGGAAAGUCGGGCAUUCUGUGAGACCCUCGAGGAGAGCAACUAUCGUCUGCAGAAGGAGCUCUUGGAGAAGCAGAGGGAGCUCGGCUCCAUAAGGAAGAGCCUGGAAGAGAAGGAGCUGUACAUACAGCAGCUUGAGAAGAGGAUCAACGGUGAAGCUCUGACUUCAGAGAGUCCGUGCAGGCUGUCUGCUCAGGGCAGUGAAGGCAGCGUGGAUGCAGAUGGUGAGGUGGACAACUCCACUGCAGAGGCAGACCAGGAAAUGACAGAGGAGAACAGCAGCUGUGAGCAGGCUUCCCGUGGCUCCUCAGCAUGCUGGUGUGGGCCGAAUAUUAGCAGCUCCCCGCCGGUCAUCGAGGUCACUCAGCUGGAACAGUGAAUGACAACCAGCCCUGCAUUUCCUUCCUCCCCCGCUCCCCCCUCGUCUCUUUCUCUUUCUCUUGUUCCUCUCUUGCUCUCUCACAUACUUGCACUCUCUACCAUGCUGCAGUGAGAUGCCAGUCUCUAAAUUCACAGCUGAUCACCUGUGAAUGAGCGGCUGGUGUGUCUCUCCACGGCCAGUCUCACAGAGCACAUGAUGGAGAGUUAGAGGCAUGCUCAGACGUAAGGCUCGUGGAGGGAAACCAAGUGACCUGCAGAAGAGGCCGUAAGGGGCUCAACACACUGUGGAUAAUCUCGAUGCCGCAGCCUUCUGCUCACUUAGAUAAACGCUGCACUCCCUAUUCCAGGACUGAUUGGAAGGGUAAGGCUUAGUGCAUUUCAAACCUGCAUUGACCAGGUACUUGGAGACGUCUGCCCUACGUUGGACGUCCGGCCAAAGAGAGCUCUUCGACCAAAACAUACUGAGAGAGCUAAACUUCAUUUAUUCUCCUUAAAUCAGAAUCACCUGAUCAUGAAAUUUCAAUUGUGUGACAAUCCAGAGACAGAGAGUGGUGUUGCUCUGCUUCCAACCGCGGGUCCUAUGAAUCUAAAAACACUGCAGCAGAGCAGUGCCCCCUUGUGGCUAAUACAGCUAAUGCAGUCGUCAACUCAGGAAGGACAGCUUGAGGACAAAGACUGUUCUCCCAGUGCUGCUGUCAUUUCAUCAGGGCUGUGAUCUUAUGCGAAGUUUAUUGCCAACAGGUGAAUCUCUGGUGUAACGCUUCCCUCUCAGUUUUGCCUUUAGUGUCAUUAUGUUGCUUUGCAGUACCAUUGAUUCAUUUACAACUGGAGGACAAGCGAUGUGUUUAAUUGACCUGGAUAAAUCUGGAGUGUGCACUAUGGGCUUUAUCCUUUUUUUUUUUUUUUUUUUUUUUUUUUUACUCGUUCUGGAUUUCGGACGCGUCUCCGUCAUUUAUCACGGUGCUUUUGAUGCCACACACACACACCGCUCGCACUGUAGUCACUGUGAAGGUCCAAACACUAAGCAGACUUGAUCCUAAUCAUGCCUGUGGAGCAGAAAGUGUUUGAACAUAGUGAGGUUAACAUGCAGCACAUUUGAUCUCUGGCUUAAGGAGCAUUCUGCAGGAUCAAAUAUCCACACUAGCCACAUACUCCUUUCAUUGGAUCCUUUAUUUGCAGCAUAUAUUUCAUAUGGGUCACUGGUUUCAGUGCCUUUUGUCAAGUGUUUAAUCUUUAGUCAUCCAAGUUACCCAAAUAUACUGCAAUUCUGAGAUCUUACAUGUUGUAGUGUGAGAUCAAAGUGAUUAUUUCUCAAAUAUCAUAUAAUGAUUUUUAUGGCUUUUGGGGGAGAUGUACUCCCUAUAAGUAGCUCACAAAUGGAAAUCAAUAAAAGAAGCGGGUGAUUUUCUUAAACGUGCUGCUUACAGCCCUUGUGAUCAGUCUCUAGCGCUGACAAGGUAUUCAUGUUGGAGAAGCAACUUUAAAGGUACAGUAAAGCUGCAGUUGAAUUGUUUGAAGUGUACUACUUGAGCCAACCACAACUCUGUGAUCAUUGUUUUUGUAACUGUGAUGUUACAACAUCAGAGUGCAGUGUCAUUCUAUGAACCAGUCCAGAGGUAGGUAGGGGUAGCCAACGGCAAUAGGAUGACAAGUGCACUUGAGGCUUUGAAAGAUGCAACAUGUGAGCUCAUAGUAACAAAAACUACAACAGACAAGCUAUGAUUAUAAAGAGUAGAACCAACACCAGUGGGUUGCAUGUUUAAUGAACACUAGCACUUAUUUUAGUGGCAUUGUGUUUGUACAUAUUUAGAAUAUCACUAUCAUAGCUAUACUUGGCAAAGGUGAUAUAUGCACCUGUCAUAAGACAUGGCUAAGGAAACUGCUGAUUCACUGUUCAUAAGUCACCACCGUAGAUCACGUUGCACUUUAAUGUUCUGAGGGAUUAUGGGAUUGUGAUAUGAUGCUUAUUGGCUAGCAGGCUAAGUCUUCUUUAUGUUUGGACACUACUAUAAGCUUCAUGUGAAGCACUGUGCCUUUUCCUUGCAAGUCAUACAUAUUCCUUCACCCUCUUGUGUGAGUGUGGGUGGGUCCUUCCCCAAAUAACCUCAAGCAUCUCUGCUAACGUAGUGCCUUGCACCAUUUUCUCAUAUAGUCACUUAAUCAAGUUGCUAGUAUUGUUGUAUUUGUUUCCUUUCUUGUUAGUAAGGUUGAAUUCACCUUACAAAAUGGCUGCUUAGAUGAUUGCAAGUUGCAAUGUUUUAAAUAAUCCAGAGGGUGACAGUGAGAUGAUCUUCAUCUGUGUUAAAAGCAUUAACUCAAUUAGCUAGCUGCUGAGAAACAACAAUUUACCAGUUCAUUUUCUAACUGGUAAGUGAUUAAUCCAGAAUUUUAUUCAUUUGAUAUUUAAGUUUCAGCUGCACAUUUAACAUUUCACUUAUGUGAUAUUUGCCGAUGAUGAAGUCAAGUGAAGAGGAAAUCCUGCCUUUGGGUUGAUUGUUUACCUAAAGUCACAUGAUAUGCAUCAGAAGAUGCUUUUGAAAGGUGUCAACCUCAGUUGAUUCAUCUGUUUUUCUUUUGUGUCUUGUCAUAUAGCCAGAGGUCUGUGGGUUUCCUUAUUUGUUUCUUAACAAUGGCCAGCAGUGAAAUGUAACACUAAGGUUGGGUGUAUGCGGUUUUCAAUUUACACAUUUUUCAGAUCAUCAGAAUUAUGCAAAUAUCUGUAUGCUCACAUUAUAUUGAAUUGUAUUAUCUUAUAACAGAUAAUAAAUGUUUCCAGUGAAAGUAUUUUCACUUAUAAUGAG